GCACACUAACUUUGACUCGCUUGAGACUCCAUUAUAGUUUGCAAAUGGGUUUUUAAAUUAAAAAUUUAUUUAUUGAUUAUAAUAAAUUUUUGUUUCACUUGAAAACGAAUUGAUUUGAUUGAAUAAUAAUUUGGAUAAUAUUUUGAAAGAAAAAUGUCGAAACGCACGGCAGAUGAUACAGCGACUAUAGGCGGACAGCCACCCAUAAAAAAAGUUCAAUUUGAGCCACAUUUAAUUGGCCCAGUAUCGACACUGGAGGAGCUUGAUAUCAAAGUCCUUCAAUUCCAAAAUAAAAAACUUGCUCAGCGCAUUGAACAACGAAUUCGUUGUGAGGCUGAAUUGCGGCAACGUAUAGAACAAUUGGAAAAGCGUCAAACUCAAGAUGAUGCUGUUUUGAAUGUCGUCAACCGAUAUUGGAACCAGCUGAACGAAGACAUUCGUGUUUUAUUGCAACGUUUUGAUGCAGAAACAGCCGAUGAAGCUGAGAACAAAAAUGAAAAUGAGGUUACGACUUCUUUUUUAACACAGCUUUCAACAUGGGAUAAAGAAGAGUUGGACGAUAAAUUGGCAAAUCGCGUACAAGUAUCAAAGCGUGCUGUAGCCAAAGUCGUACAAGUCAUCGAUCGCUUAAUGCAGCGAAAUGAAAAAUUUACAAUGAUUUUAAAAGGUCAAUCGGAUGAUGAUAAUCUUUCUGUGCCCGAUAUUGAAGAAACAUUGAAAGAAACACAAAUAGAAAUUAUGGCCGAAAAUAAAAACUUGCAGAGUUUGAAUACAUCACUACACGAAAAAUACCAUACGAUUUCGCUGAAAUUGAAAGAGCUUCAAGAUACAUUGACUGGCAAGGAAACAGAAGCGGCUGAGCUGCAAAAUCAAAUAGACGACUUGCAAUAUGAGUUGGAGAAGGUUCGCCUUCGUAACGAUAAACUUGAAAAUCAUUUCGCCGAAGCAAUCGAAAAAUUAAAAUCAUACCAUCAAAUGCACGGCGAUCAACCAAAUAAAAGCACUUCGGGAUCAACGGCUUCGGGAUCAUCAUCGGGCAAGUCAUCAUCAACUACAACGAAUGUUGCCACUCAGCAUUUAGAAGAUUUGCAAAAAGAGGUGGAAGAGUGUCGUGAGCUGGCCAAUAAUCGCUUACAAGAACUAGAUAAGCUACAACAAACGUAUCACGAGGCACUGAAGGAAGUCGAAAAACUUAAAAUGGAUAUUCGUCAACUGCCCGAAUCGGUAAUUGUUGAAACGACAGAAUAUAAAUGCUUACAGUCGCAAUUCUCUGUAUUGUAUAACGAAUCGAUGCAAAUAAAAACAAUGUUGGACGAGACACGUAAUCAACUACAAACAAGCAAAAAUCAACAUUUGCGCCAAAUUGAAAUCAUGGAAAGUGAAGAGCUCAUAGCUCAAAAGAAGGUACGCAGUGAAAUGAUUCAAAUGGAAGAUGUAUUGGCACAGAUUCGAAAAGAAUACGAAAUGCUUCGUAUAGAAUUUGAGCAAAAUUUGGCGGCCAAUGAACAGACUGCACCAAUCAAUCGUGAAAUGCGCCAUUUGAUCACAUCGCUUCAGAAUCACAAUGGUCAGCUUAAAGGUGAAGUAUUUCGAUACAAACGUAAAUAUAAAGAUGCUGCAGCUGAAUUAAUAAAAAUGAAGAAGGAAUAUGAUGAUUUAGUUGCUAAGGCCAAUGUUUCUGAUGGCAAAAAAGUUGAUAUCAAACAAGAAGGAACUGUGAUUGGUGUCAAAGAGGAAUCAUCAUCAGAUGGUUCGGUGUCUAUUAAAGAAGAGAGUGGAAAUGCAAUAAAAGCUGAAUCCGAUCAACAUGAAGAGGAAUUAGAAGAAAUUGAUGGAAUUAAAAAGGAAGGGGGUGCAUCUAUUAAACAAGAAAAAGACACAUUUGCUACGGGUUCUGUAGAUAAAAAGGAUGGACAGAAUAAUGCACCCAAGAUCGAAAAAGAUCCAAAAGAAGCACAACGGGCAAAAGAAUUGAAAAUCAAUGAAUCUGAAAUUGUUCGUGAUCUGAAAACACAAUUAAAGAAAGCUUUGAAUGAUCAAAAAGAAAUGAAACUGCUGCUGGACAUGUAUAAAGGCGUUUCAAAAGAUCAACGAGACAAAGUACAAUUGAUGGCCACUGAAAAAAAGUUGCGUUCUGAAAUUGAGGAACUGCGAAAUCAAAUGAAAAAGAUUCAAGAGAGCAAACGUGAAGAACGCAAGAAAUUAGCAGAUGAAGAUGCAUUACGGAAAAUCAAGCAAUUAGAGGAACAAAAGUAUGAACUUCAGAAACAAGUAGCAAGUCAAAAAACAGCUGAUGGGUCAUGGCCCGGACAUUAUGGAACCCGACCAUUUGUCGGAUCGCCGGAAGAAGAAGCCCUCCUAAAUGAAAUGGAGGUAACCGGACAAGCAUUUGAAGACAUGCAGGAGCAGAAUUCCCGCUUGAUUCAGCAGUUGCGUGAAAAAGACGACGCAAACUUUAAAUUAAUGACUGAGCGCAUAAAAUCCAAUCAAAUGCAUAAAUUGCUACGUGAGGAAAAACAAAUACUCGAAGAUCAAGUUCAAACUCGAGACGCCCAAAUCGAAGCUCUGCACAUUGUACUGCGUAAGUUGGAGGAAAAAGAGCGUAUCUUACAGAAUACUGUAACUACAAUUGAAAAAGAAUUGACAUUAAGACAACAAGCGAUGGAAAUGCACAAGCGCAAAGCCAUUGAAUCGGCGCAAUCGGCAGCCGAUUUGAAGUUACACUUGGAAAAAUAUCAUUCCCAAAUGAAAGAGGCCCAGCAAGUUGUGGCCGAAAAGACAAGUUCGCUAGAAGCUGAAGCAUAUAAGACGAAGCGUUUGCAAGAAGAGUUAGCACAGAUCCGAAGAAAGGUGGAACGAAUGAAAAAAAUCGAAAUGACCGGAACAACCAUCGAUGAGGUAAUGAUGGAAGAAAUCCGUGAAUACAAAGAAAUUCUCACUUGUCCAUCUUGUAAGGUUAAACGCAAGGAUGCAGUUCUUUCGAAAUGCUUCCAUGUAUUUUGCUACGAUUGUCUUCGGACACGUUACGAAACAAGACAACGCAAAUGCCCAAAGUGUAAUUGUGCUUUCGGUGCUAAUGACUAUCAUCGCUUGUAUUUGUCAACAUAACUUCCAUUUUUCUAUUUUAUGGUCAUUUUCCCAUUUUGUACAACAUGAAUACAAUAUUACAUAAAAUAUAUUUAGUUUUAAGAAAAAAUAACUCCUAAUUAAUUCAUCUCUCACAAUCAGAUUACUUCAACUUUUCAAUAAAAUAAUUAUUGACGUAUAAAA